UAGCUUAUUAAGAUAAUUUGUUUAUUAUUUUUACACAGUAGUAAACAAAUAAAUAGUAGAUUUGUAUAAUAGUUGUAUUCUACUACUAUACAAAACAUAAUAUUUACAUUAUAAGAAAAGUAGAUGAAUAAAUUUCAAAAUGAAUUUGCAAAACAGAAUUGUAUAUGAUACAUGGUUUGAUGGGUUUAAAAUUUAAAUAGUUCUUGUAUUAUUAUGACUGUGUAAUUUUUUCAAUACAGCAUAAUGAUAUAAUUCUAACAAAUAAAUGGAUAUUAUCUUGCAUUUAUAUUGUUAUUUGUAUAGGAAACUGGGGCAAAAAAACGAUGUUUGGCUCAUGAGCCUUUUAUAGCAGUGGAAAGAUCAUUUAAAAAAUUGACCACAGAUAUGUUUUGCUGGGGAAGCACUAUAUAUGGGGAAUUGGGCUUGGGAGGUAUAGAAGAUGAAAACAUUUUAACACCUCGAGAAGUUGACUUUGUAAAAGCUGCAGAAAUUGAACAAAUUGCAUGUGGUGAGAAUUUUACAGUAGUGAUUACCCAAGAUGGACGAAUAUAUUCAUGUGGUAAUAAUGAUUAUGGUCAACUUGGUCAUAGGAAGGGAAUGAGAAGAUUACAAUUGAUCGAUGCCCCUGGUUUAGAGGCAUUAGUAUUUAAGAAGGUAACUUGUGGAGCACAUCAUGCUCUAGCAGUAAAUGAAUGGGGCCAGUUAUUCAGUUGGGGCUUUAAUGCAGAUGGUCAAUUAGGUUUGAAUUCUAAAACUGUUAUGGAAUGUAUACCACGUAUGGUAAAAGCUCUGAGUUUAAGUGUAAUUGUGCAAGUAGCUUGUGGUAUGAAACACACACUUGCAUUGACAAAUAAUGGCGAAUUAUACAGUUGGGGUUCUAAUAAUGAAGGUCAACUUGGAUUAGAUUCUAAUGUUAAGAAUGAAAUAAAACCUCAACUUAUUAAUGGUUUAGAUGGCAUUCCUAUUGCUCAUAUUGCUUGUGGAGGAUAUCACAGUAUAGCUAUAUCUAAAUCAGGUGCUGUAUUUGGAUGGGGUAAAAAUACAUUUGGUCAAUUGGGUUUAAAUGACACGCAAGGUAGGAAUGUUCCUUGUCAGUUAGAAACAUUACGAAAUACAAAGGUGUGUUAUGCAGCUUGCGGUGAAGAGUUUUCUAUAUUUUUAACAAUUGAUGGGGGAGUAUUCACUUGUGGUGCAGGAAUGUAUGGUCAGUUGGGACAUGGUAACAAUUCGAAUGAAAUUUUACCACGUCAAGUUAUGGAGCUUAUGGGUAGCGUAGUUACACAGGUUUCAUGUGGAAAACGGCAUACAUUGGCAUUAGUACCAUCACAAGGUAGAGUUUAUGUAUGGGGAUUAGGAGGAGCAGGACAAUUAGGUAAUCGUGUCGCACGUAGUGCAACUACACCACAAGUGUUAGAGGGGCCAUGGUCUGCUCCAAAUGGUUCCAUGAGAAUGGAUCUAGACAAAGAAAUAAAUUCCUAUAAAAUUGAUUGCAUUGUUAAACAUAUUUCUACUGGCGGCGAUCAUUGUUUUGCAAUAGUUGUUUCACAAAAGGAUAAUGUACAGCCGGAUGAUUGUAGAAAAUUAGAAUCAUCUUACAAAAUUCUUGAAAUAACUGAAGAUCAAUUGUUAGCAUGUCAACGAAUUCCACCGAGCUCAUCUGUUGAUCAUGAACUUAUGACGUAUUUGGAAACCGUAUUCAAAAGUCAAGCCUGUGUGAAUGGAUCGUUUUUGUUUAACAAUGAUAGUCACUACGCGUGUUCUAUUAAUCAACAUGGACUUAAUCUUAACGAAGCAAGUAGAUCAUUUGGGAUCAUUAGAGAAUUGGAUAACACCACGAUUCAAGAACUGAUAUUUACUUGCAUAUCAGACAGCUUGAUUCCUUCCUUUGUUAGUUCAUCAUCCAAACUACAUUGUCCGGAGUCUUUAAGAAUCUACUUAAUAUUACCUUUGUAUCAUGGUUUUGUAAAUCCCCUUAAUUGUAAUUUAUUGCAUAAAUCAUUCUGCAAAGCUGUUUUAGCGUUAAAGCCAGAGAUUCUUACAAUAAUAAGUCUGUGGUGGACCAAAGCGCCGUCAUAUUAUUUUGAGAGAUUGGUCAGAAUACAUAAAUCCGUUGUCUUACAUUAUGUGAAACAGUCUACUCCAAAUAAGGGUGUAUUGUGGGACUCCACGUUUCAACUUAUAUUAGAUUUGUUAGGUUUAUUAAAUUAUUUAAACAAUCAGGGUGAAGAUGGUAACAUAGUGCCUUAUUCUACAUUUCAUUUGCCAGAAUUAAUAGAUUUUAUAGACAUUAAAAGCGACUACAUAAAAUGGAUUUCAGAAGAGCAAUCUUCUGUGUUUUGUCACUAUCCUUUUCUCCUUGAUGCUCAAGCCAAGACUAUAUUACUUGAAACAGACCAGGCUAUUCAGAUGGAGUCGGCAAUAACGGAAGCUACUACACGAGCAGCAAUGAAUAGAUUUUUCAACCCAUUUGCUGUAGAUGCAAUUGCUCAUAUGCAAUAUGUGAUAUUAAAUGUUUCACGUGAAAAAAUAGUUGGGGACACUUUGACCGAAUUGUCUCAAUAUGACUCCAAUGACCUAAAGAAACCUCUUCGCGUGAAAUUUCAUGGUGAGGAAGCAGAGGACCAAGGUGGUGUUAGGAAAGAAUUUUUUAUGCUUUUGUUGAAAGAAAUUUUAGAUCCUAAAUAUGGCAUGUUCAAGCAAUACGAUGAAACCAGAGUGAUUUGGUUCAGUGAAGAUUCAUUUGAGGAUGAAAACAUGUACUUUUUAAUUGGUAUUCUUUGUGGACUGGUUAUUUACAAUUUCAUUAUUAUUGAUCUGCCGUUUCCGCUAGCCUUGUAUAAAAAAUUAUUGCACGAACCAGUUGCAUUAAUCGAUAUAAAAGAAAUGUCUCCGACCCUCUAUCGGAGCAUGCAAAGUAUUCUAGAUUAUGACAAGUUAGAUUUUGAAGAAGUUUUUUGCUUGAACUUUGAAGUGGUUAGAGAGGCGUUUGGUGAAAAAAAGAUAUAUGAACUUAUACCAGACGGUAGUAAAGUUCCUGUUACAUUUAAAAAUAAAAAUCAGUUCGUUGAGUUAUAUGUGGAUUACAUACUAAAUAAGUCAGUAGAAGCUCACUUUCGGGCAUUUUACAAAGGGUUUCAUAAAGUUUGUGGUGGUCGAGUAUUAGAAAUAUUUCAUAGUCAUGAAUUGAAGGCUGUAGUAGUAGGGAAUGAAGAUUAUGAUUGGGAAGAACUGGAAAAGAAUACUACAUAUAAAGAAGGCUAUAGCAAAAGUGAUCCUACAAUAGUACUGUUCUGGCAAGUAUUUCGUGAAUUGCCAUUAGAAGAAAAGAAAAAAUUUUUACUAUUUUUAACUGGAAGUGAUAGAAUUCCUAUACAAGGCAUGAAGGCAAUCUCGAUUAUAAUUCAACCAAUUAACGAUGAACGUAUGUUACCAGUUGCUCAUACGUGUUUUAAUUUACUUGAUCUUCCACGCUACCAGACCAAGGAGAGACUACGAUAUAAAUUACAACAAGCCAUACAACAAACCCACGGGUUUUCUUUAGUGUGAAAUUUCUAUUAUAUUUUAUUUGUAGAACGCGUGCAUAAUACUGGACAUUUACAUGAUAAAUAUCAAGUCGAUUUAUAUUAUUG